UACACUGACUGGAGCGUGCGCGCGCCCGCGGAUCUGCUCGUCUCGAGUGACGCGACUGGAUGCUGUGAGUCUGAUGCAAAGAAAAUCUAAAGAAACACGCUAAUGAUGAUGAAGAUGAUGGAGGAAAUACACGAUCCGAGGAGGAGGAGAAGAAGCGCGUUGAUGUGAAGAGAAGAAAGUGAGCUUUGAUCCGACGCAGAGAGGGCAAAUGGUGUACUUCCUCUCCGCGGAGGGCGUAAAGCCCUCGUUCCACUCCGCAGUCCUCUUCAACCCCGCCGUCAACUACUCGGACGGGAACGGUUCCUCCACGCCGACGCCCAUCGUCUGCCGUCUGGAUGCCUCGUCGUCCGCCGCCUCGCUGCAGAGCAACGUCUCGCUGACGUCGUACGAGCUGUCGCCGGCGGAGGUCACGCUCCUCGGCCUCGUGUUCGGGGUGUUCUGGGUCGUAUCGGUGCUGGGGAACUCGCUGGUGUGUCUGGUGAUCCAUCGGAGCCGCAGAACCCAGUCGACCACUAACUACUUCGUGGUGUCGAUGGCGUGUGCGGAUCUGCUGUUGAGCCUAGCCUGCGCGCCGCUAGUUCUCCUGCAGGUUUCCGCGGGUCACUGGCCUCUGACCGCGGCUGCAUGCAAAGCCGUGCGCUACUUACAGCAUCUAUGCCCUGGAGUCCAGAUCUACGUGCUUCUGUCCAUCUGUGUGGAUCGUUUCUACACCAUCGUGUAUCCGUUGAGCUUUAAAGUGUCGCGUGAGAAAGCCAAACGAAUGAUUCUGGCGUCUUGGCUAUUUGACGCUGCGUUCGUAUCGCCGUGUUUGUUCUUCUACGGAUCAUCAGCGUCGCAAAACCACUGCGACUUCUUCCUGGCGGACAGCUGGGACGGGUUGGCGUACGCCGUCGCGCAUCUUCUUUUUGGUUUCUUGGUGCCGGCGCUGCUAAUCGUGUCGUUCUACCAGCGGGUGGUGCGCUACAUCUGGAGGAUGGGCGCUGACGGGCGAACGGUGCGCAGGACCAUGAACAUCGUCCCCAGGACUAAAGUCAAAACCAUUAAGAUGUUCCUGAUGCUCAACGCCGUGUUUCUCCUCACCUGGACGCCGUUUUAUAUCGCACAGCUUUGGCACCCGAAGGAAACGACGGGCCCAAGCCGUCGGUCGGCGCUGUUCUUCAUCACUGUGGCCUGGAUCUCCUUCAGCUCCACGGCGUCCAAACCCACACUGUACUCCGUGUACAACGCCAACUUCAGACGCGGCAUGCGAGAGACGUUCUGCAUGUCGUCCAUGAAGUGUUAUCGCAGUAACGCAUACACCAUCACCGCCAGCUCGCGAAUCGCCAAAAAGAACUACGUGGGCGUGGUCGACCUGCCCGUGCCGGCAAAGACGCUCAUCAAAGACUCGGUUUAUGACACUUUUGACCGGGAAGCAAAGGAGAAGAAGUUAGCAUGGCCUAUUAGCUCUAACCCACCCAACACGUUCGUAUAAAGCCUCAGAAAUUACAUAAUUUACUCAACCUUAAGUUGUUUUUAAACCUGUAUGAGUUGCUUUCUUAGGGGCCGUUCACACAGGACGCGUUAUUCUAAUGCAAUGCACUACUUUUUUUAUUGUUUUUCUAUGAAAACGCAUGCUAGACGGACGCGUAUGACUGUUACGCUCGCGUCUCGCACAUGAGCGUCGCAUUUUUUAAGAUCCUGUGUAAAGUUAAAAGAAUUUACAUUUUUAAAUGUAGCGUCGCUGUUAGUGUCAGUUCCAAAACACUGGACCAAUCAGAAGAGUGUGGCGGCGGGGCAAGCGUUGCGAGCUUUUGUUUACAAUAGCAAGUUGGCAUGGAAACUGUUUUACUUGAUGCCAGCAAUGAUGGAAGCACUGCGCUUUUUAAAAAAAAAAAAACAUUACUGAGCGCUACGUCUCGCAAUUUUAGACACAAAAGACAUGUUCUGUGUGAACGGCCCCUUAUAAAAGAUAUUUUGAAGAAUGUUGGUACCCAAAGAGUUGAUGGUACCCAUUGACUUCCAUUGUGUUUGUUUUCAUACUAUGGAAGUCAAUGGGUACCAGCUGCUUGGUUACCAACAUUCUUCAAAAUCUCUUCUUUUGUGUUCAGCAGAAGAAACUCGUAAACACUUGAAACAUGAGUGUUUUACAAAACAAUUACAAAAUUUUCAUUUUUGGGUGAAUGUUUCCUUUAACUCAUUAUAAUGAUAUGUGGGUGAGUAAAUAGUGAACAUUUUUGAGCGAACUGUUGGUUGAACUGCCGUUGCACCACGACUACACACUACAGAAUCAACAUGACUAAACGAAAUCUGUUGAAAUGCAAAAAACGUGGUGCUAACUACUUCACAUACUCACUGAGGACAUUGGAGGAAGACUACAAACACCCGUAUCGUCUCUGCAGUGAUCCGGUGGAAGAGAAGUGUUGGUCGUCAUGUGUUCUUCUGUUCGUGUUUCCGAUCAGUCUGUGAUCCUACAGUGGCCUGGUGGCACCAAACAGGGUUCAUGUUAAUCUUCAGAAAUUGCGUUUGUGUUUUUUGUGCCUGUAGUUACAGAUAAACUUUGUCUCAUA